CUUAUUGUAAACUUCAUUAAACUUUUAGGUACUCACAUCAAAGCAUAAACACACCUAUAACUUAUAUAUACACUAAUUAACCAUGUAGGUUACAAUGGAUUAGAUGGCUGAGGAGCUAAGCUAUCUGACUGCUUCUGCAAGAAUCCUAGAAUUGGCCCCAGAUUGGACCCUCUUGGAAUUUUUUCUGUUGGUUCUAGUCUGGAUUUAUCAAACCCACUGCCCACUUCACUUGUGUUUGAAUGUUUUUGUGAACAUGUAUGUCACAUCAACAGUAAAUUGACCAAAAUUACAGAAAAAAAUAAAUGCUAAAGUGAUGGUAGAACAAGAUAUUUGUAGACCAAUCUGUCUAAAAAAAUGGAUGGUUGGCAGCUCUGAAAACUAUAAAUUAUUGGAAAUUGAAUAUUUUGGAAAGGAUACAUGUGUAGGGUUUUUAUUGGGAGGAAUUGGAGAAAUGAAUAAAUCGAGACAGGCAAAUUUUAUGGUUGUUGAUAAGAAUACAAGCAAUGGAGAAAUUGAAGAUAAAUUUAAAUCAUUCGUAAAACGAGAUGAUAUCCACAUUAUACUUAUAAAUCAAAAUAUUGCAGAAAGAAUCCGUCAUCUAAUUGAUAAUCAUCUUGAUCCGAUUCCAACAAUUUUGGAAAUACCAUCUAAAGAUCAUCCAUACGAUCCAACUAAAGAUUCAAUUUUACGUCGAGCCAAAGGACUUUUUAGUGCUGAAGAUUAUCGUUAAUUAUUUAUUUGAAUGUCUUUAUCUCUUGUAUAUAAAGAUUUUCAUUAUUAUUACAAAGAUAUAAAGAAUUCCAUAAGCAUAUAUCAGUUACUAAGUUGGAAAAAUUAUAUAUACAGUGUAUAUUUAUAUAAUUAAAAUAAUUGGAGCAAAAUUUUAAAAUGAUUAUCAGCAGAAUAAAAUGUA